AUGGAGGCGCGGAGGACGGGGAGAUCUCUCCUGGCGAGCUUCGUGGUCGCCGCGUUGGCCGCGCAGGCCUUGGUGGCCGUGGUCGAGCCCAGGACCGGACCCGUCGAGAAGGCGAGCCAAGGUGACGACGUGAAGAAGCCGGACUGCGUGCCGGGGAUGGACCCGCGCUCGUUCCCGGGUACCGGCGGGCACGGCAUCACGCCCGUGACGCCGUCACACGGAGGCUCCGGCUCCACCGGGACGACGCCGUCCCACGGCGGCGGCGGCGGGUACGUGCCGACGCCUUCGCACGGCGGGGCGCUGCCUUCCCCGUCCCACGGCGGCUCCGGCUCCUCUCCGUCGUCGCCCUCCACCGGCGGUGGUGGCUACGGUGGGCCUCCGUCCACUCCCGGCGGCGGCGCGUACGGUGGGUCUCCAUCCACCCCUGGCGGCGGAGGUGGCGCGUACGGUGGGUCUCCGUCCACCCCCAGCGGCGGCGGCGCCUACGGAGGCGGGUCCCCGUCGCCUGCCCAUGGUGGCGCCAAUGGGGGCUCUCCGACGCCCGCGUACGGCGACUCCCCCUCCCACGGCGGCAUCGGCACCUCGUCGCCGACGCCGUUCGUCGCCAUGGACCCCCACAGCUUCGGCACCUGCGACUACUGGAGGUCGCACCCGAUGGAGAUCUGGUCAGCGAUCGGCGGCCGGUUCCCAAGCACGUCGUCGUCGUCGAUGGGGACGAUGGGCCACUUCUUCGGCGCGGCGGCUGGCAGCGUGGGCGGCGCCGACGUGAUGAGCAUCCAGGACGCGCUGGGCAACACGCGUGCGGACGGCACGGGCGCGCUGCUGCGCGAGGGCGCCGCCGCGCUGCUCAACUCCAUGACCCGCGCCGGCUUCCCCUACACUACGGAGCAGGUCCGCGACGCGUUCGCGGCGGCGGCCACGGGCGGGUCUGACGGCGCGGCCGCGGCGCAGGCGGCGGCAUUCAGGAAGGCCAACGAGGGCAAGGCGUAG